AUGUCCUUCGAAUAUUUACCUGUGGCUGAAGACGAAAAUGAGGAACCCAUAGAACUUCCAAUCGAAGAAGAUGGAACUUUGAUGUUAACAACAGUGUCUGCGCAGUUUCCUGGAUGUUGCGGACUGAAAUAUCGCCAUCCUGAGACAAAAAAUAUUAGAGGCAUAAGAUUAAGAGACGGCAGGCUUUAUCCUCCACCUGAAGGAUGGGGUAAUCAUCUUUACAUAUGUAGUUUUCCGAAGGAAAAUAAACGAAAAUUAGGCGAAGUAUCUGAUGUUACUAAGAACAAACGAAAUGAUAAUCUUUGUUCCGAUCUAAUAGUUCUGGGUUUACCAUGGAAAGCAACUGAGCAAACCGUUAGAGAAUAUUUUGAAAAAUUUGGUGAAGUUUUAAUGGCACAACUGAAACGGGACCCUAAAACUGGCAUGUCAAAAGGUUUCGCCUUUAUUCGAUUUGCUUCAUAUGCUUCUCAAAUGAGAGUGUUGGCCCAAAGGCAUAUGAUUGAUGGGAGAUGGUGUGAUGUGCGAAUACCCAAUUCAAAAGAAGGCUCCGUAACUUCUAUGCCAUGCAAAGUGUUUGUUGGCCGUUGCACUGAAGACUUAACAGCUAAUGAUUUAAGGGAAUACUUCUCUCAGUUUGGAGAAGUCACUGAUGUUUUUAUUCCUAAGCCAUUCAGAGCUUUCAGCUUUAUUACGUUUUUAGACCCGGAAGUAGCACAAAGUCUUUGCGGUCAAGAUCAUAUAAUUAAAGGUGUUUCUGUCAAUGUGUCAAAUGCAUCUCCAAAGCAAAAUAAAAGUGGAGCUAAUCAACGGAAUUUGUCAACCCGAAACUAUGAUGAAGGCCAUCCCCACAAUGCUUCUAAUAACAACUCUUGGAAUAAUCGUAAUAUGGAUAUGGUAAAUGUCCAAGCAUUGGGAUUGUCUGGUCAACAUGGUCAAACUGCUGUUGCUGGAGGUGGAGGUCAAGCACAGGGAGGUAGUAUGCCACUAGGUAUGGGAGGUCUCCCAGUAAACCAAGCCCUGGUGGCAGCGGCACUUAACCAAGCUGCGGGUUGGGGCCUUAUAAAUAACAUCCCAUCAGGAGGUUCAGAGCAAGGCGCUUUUGCAGGUCCUGCAUCAUCUGCUCCACCAGCUCCGCCUAAUUUUUUGUCAUGGAUGCAACAAGGUAAUUCUGCACAGGGACCUUCUAGUCAGUGGGGACAGAGGCACCAAUCCCAAGGCCACUCUGUUUGA